GAAGGGCACACAAACAGGCCCUAAGGCCGAUAUUGCUCGAAAGGGCGCACGUGCGCAGCGACGGGAGAAUGUUCCGAAGGAACAGACUUAAAUGUUAAUCUCCGUUUGGUUCAAUGAUUUAUGUUUCCCAUUUAACAAGUAUCACCGAAAACAGGCGCAGCAUCGAUCAGCCAACACGAUCUGGGGGAAGGUCACUCGAGGUCGUAGCGGUAAUACCGCCUUCUCUCCCGCCAGGUGGGAACAGUAUUUGGAAAUUAGGGUUUUAUUUUUUUUUAAUUUUUUUGGAUGCAAAUGGGUGAUUUUUUCCUACGAGCUUUGCAAAAAAAUUCAAGCUUUUAAUGGGUCUCCGUUGAUAUUGAAGAAGUUGGGGGGAAAUGUUGCCCAGACAACGUUUUUCUCGAAUUGACCUUUUAGAGCUUAAAGCUCAUAUUAUUGGGAAGAUUGGGCGCCAGAAAGCGGAGAAGUAUUUUGAUCAGCUGAAAAGAUUGUUUAGUCUCAAGCUGAGUAAAUGUGAAUUUGACAAAUCGUGUGUCCGGCUAAUUGGGAAGGAGAAUGUCCCUCUUCACAAUAGGCUUAUUGGUUCCAUUGUCAAGAAUGCAUACUUUGCUAAGGUGCCGCCAGAAAAAGCUAGAAAAGAAUGCUCGCUUAAUGUCAAAAUCGCAAAUGGGUAUCAGAGAAACUGUCUGCAGUCCCUCUAUGGGGAUGCAUUUCCUCCAUCACCUCGUAAGUGCAGGUCUUUGGUUAGUCGCGAUCGCAAGUUUCGUGACCGACCGAGCCCUCUCGGACCACUUGGGAAGCCCCAAAGUGUUAUGUGUGAGGAAUCAAUUUCUAGGGCACAAGAGCAGCAAAGCGCAACAGAACUGCUUUCUCUUGGUAGCAGACCCCCUGGUGAAAUUGCUUCUGUUGAAGAUGGGGAAGAGGUUGAACAGGUGGCAGGAAGCCCAAGUGUUCAAAGCAGAAGCCCUGUUACAGCUCCUCUUGGUAUUUCAGUGACCAUGGGUGGAGCUCGUAAAUCUCUUUGCAAUGGAUUGGCAUGUAAUCUUCUUCAUCUUGAGACAUGUCAUAGUAGUGGAGAGCUACCUGAUAGUAGGACUUUAAGGAGUCGUUUGGAGCAGAAGUUGGAGAUGAAGGGCAUUAGAAUCACGGUUGACUGUGUCAACCUUCUGAAUAAUGGUUUGGAUGCAUAUCUGAAGAGGUUGAUUGAACCCUGUAUAAGAGUAGCUGGAUCAAAGCAUCGGAGCAAAUGCUUUAAUCCAUCAAAUGGUAGGACUACAGCUGCUUUGAAUGGAGCAUUACCUGGAAGAUACUUGCAAUUGUCUAAUAAUUCUCUUAAUGCAACCAUGUUGGAUUUUCGUGCUGCAAUGGAGUUAAAUCCUCAGAUCCUUGGAGAAGAUUGGGCCAUACAACUUGAGAACAUUUGUCUGCGUGAGACACAAGAGUGAAACAAAAACUUAUUUGUGCAGAAAUCGGCAUUCAUAUUUAGAUGAGAUAAUUAAAAUGUGAUCAAAUUCACCAUGAUGUGUUGAUGCGUCUUUUAGGGGGUAAAGAUUCUUUGCAGCGUGAAUCUUGACCUCCUCCUUUUGUGACAACUGCCAAAUUGUAAUGCAUUUUAGAGGAAUUAGUUGAGAAUACUAUAGGGUUGUGUUUGAGAGUGGAAUUUAGGCGUUAGAUUUGGAUUUGUGUGGAAUUGUAUGAAACUUAAUAUAUAUUUGUAUUGUAUUUUUUUCAAAUCCACACAAAUCCAAAUCCAAUGUCCAAACUCCAAGUUCCCAAAUGCUAGAUGAGGAAUUUUGUAUCAAAUUUGCUAGGUUUCUUUUAAUCAUGGGGACUGAUGAUAGGAUUGGAAAGGAACAUGUUUAUACGUCAAAAUUUAGACUUCAAUACUUCAAAACUUCAUUGAUUCAAGAGUUGAACAUCAUUCUUCAAUUGACACCUGUCAGUUGCUAUGUAACAUCUUUAUUUGUGAAACAAAACAUUAUUGAGUUUCAGAAUGAUGACAAUUAUUGUGGUUGUCCAUGAGAAUCUCUUCUGGAAUCAGUUUUCCCUAUUGACUUUCAUUUGGUUAAAUAUUUUACUUUUCCCCAGAAAAGAUGAUAUUUGCCUGCUAUGCCAAGUCCUUGAGUCUAUUGAGUUUUCUUUCAAGAUCACAUAUUGUUGAUAUGUGCGAACAAGUCCCAUGAAAACAAUUUUGGAGUAGUUAUCAAUUGCGCAACAUGGUUCAAGCAAAUUUAAGUGCAUACGUUUUUCAUGCAUUGUUUUGGUUAAGUUCCUCGUGUUUUUCCGUUUUUGUUUUGUUUUUUACCUGUUUGCUGUACAUUAUAUGCUUUUGUUCAACAGAAUCAUGACAACACAUUUUAUUUAAAUUUCAGCCUAUACUAACAGCCACAAUAUCUUUGUGAAAUGGAUACAAGCUUUUCUUCAUUUUUUUUUUUCCGCUUGAAAAAAUAUAGUACUUGUGGACUCUUGAAGUGUAGUAGUACUUGUGGACUCUUGAAGUGUGUCAAGGACCCUUUCGAGACAUGGCUGGGCAUGUAAAGACACUACAUGGAUCUUGAUUAUGGUAUCUGUUGAACCUAUUUUCUACUGGGCAUGUUUCCAUUGUUGGUGUGACUUGUGCCAACAGGAAAGAAGAUUGAAACACUCUCUCAAGUCCGCUAAAUAAUAUAUUGUAUCUUGGCUAGUCAUUUUUGCUGAGAAGACUGCUACUUUUUUCCUGUAAAUGGUGAACUGUGAAUUCAUGCAGUACCUCUCUUUUGGCAGAGAGGAAAUCAUUCCUUGAAGGAGAUGAAACCAACCGUGGUCAAGCGACCGUGAGAGGAUUACUAGGUCGGUUGAUAUUAUCCAAUUAUCUGUUUUGGAAAUUUGAAUUGGGAAACCCUGAAAGGGGUAGCUUGGGUUGCUAUUAAUUUUUUUUUUUUUCAAACAUGUUUUUUCGAGAGGGAAGGAGAGGAGGGAUUGUAAUGCUGAUGACAUUUUAUUUCCGCUACUGUUUUUAGGAAUAGGAAAGUUACAUGAUGUUAAUUUUAAAAUUUGUUGGAAAUAAAGAAUUUCUGCAAAACAUAAUAAUUUAACGGCAAA